UGAUGAGAAAACCGAGCUACUAAGAUGUUAGUAAAUGCCUGAUCAGUGUCUUCUCUGUUUUCUCUCUCCCAUGUCUUGACGUUAUCCUGAGGCCACAAAAGAAGUUCUGGUUUGGGUGCUCUGAAUUUUCUAGAGUUUGAACUUCUCUGGUAGAGGAACCCCCCAGGAAGACUGAUCGGUUCUUAGAUUUCUAAAAGCAUGGCCCAUACAUAUGUGGGUUUGCAGUUUCAGCGAUCAGUGACAUUCAGGGAUGUGGCCGUAGCCUUCUCUCAGCAGGAGUGGGAGAGUCUGAAUCCUGCUCAGAGGCACUUGUACAGGAAUGUGAUGUUGGAGAACUAUAGUAACUUGGUCUCACUGGCCGGACAUUCCAUUUCUAAACCACAUGUGAUUACUUUAUUGGAACAAUGGAAAGAGCCGUGAAUGAUAGUGAGGAAAGAUCAAAGAAGACAAUACACAGAUUUUCAGUUGAGGGAUGAGACAGCUCUAAAGAAUGCCACUAUUGAGAAAUGUACAUCUUUUGCUCUACAUCAGAGACUUCCUAACAGAGAGCAAUCAUGUGAAUGUCAGGGAUGUGGGAACACGUUUUGUCAAGGCUCGAACCUUGUUCAACAUGAGAGAACACAUUCUAGUGAAAAAACCUGCAAAUGUAAAGAAUGUGGGAAGAACUUUAGUAAUGGACAUCAACUCACCAUACAUCAGAGAUUUCAUAUUGGUGAGAAACCUUAUAAAUGUAAGGAAUUUGCCACCUUUUCAUACCUUGUUCGACAUCAGAGAAUUCAAACUGUUGAGAAACUUGAAUGUAAAGAAUGUGGGAAGGCUUUUAUUAGAGGCUCAGGCUUUGUUAAACAUGGGAGAAUUCAUACUGGUGAGAAACCAUAUGAAUGUAAGGAAUGUGGGAAGACCUCUAGUAAUAACCAUCAAUUUACUAUACAUCAGAGUAUUCAUACUGUUAAGACACCCUAUGAAUGUGGGAAAUGUGGAAAAGCUUUUUAUAGUAGCUCAUACCUUGUUCAACAUCAAAAAAUCCAUAAAGGUGAGAAACCCUAUGAAUGUAAGGAAUGCGGGAAAGCUUUUAUAGUGUAUGGAAAACUUUGGCAUCAGACUAUUCAGACUGGUGAAAAACCUUUUGUACGUAAAGAAUGUGGGAAGGCCUUCAGUACCUUCUCAUACCUGGUUCAACAUCAGCGAAUUCACACUGGUGAAAAACCCUAUGAAUGUAAAGAAUGUGGAAAGGCCUUCAGUAGUAGCUUACCCCUGGUUAAACAUCAGAGAAUUCAUACUGGUGAGAAACCCUAUGAAUGCAAGGAAUGUGGGAAGACCUUUACUGUGUAUGGACAACUUACUCGAUAUCAGAGUAUUCAUACUGGUGAGAAACCUUUUGAAUGUAAGGAAUGUGGGAAGGCCUUUAGACUUAGUUCAUUUCUUAAUGCACAUCUGAGAAUUCAUUCAGGGGUAAAGCCCUACGAAUGCAAGGAAUGUGGGAGGGCCUUUAGUCCUGCCUUAUACCUUGUUCAACAUGAAAGACUUCAUACAGGUGAGAAACCGUAUGAGUGUAAAGAGUGUGGCAAGGCCUUUAGCACUGGCUCAUACCUUGUUCAACACCAGAGGAUUCAUACCGGUGAGAAACCCUAUGAGUGUAAGGAAUGUGGAAAGGCUUUUAUUAGUUACCAUCAAUUUACUGUACAUCAAAGGGUUCAUACUGGUGAGAAACCCUAUGAAUGUAAGGAAUGUGAGAAGGUCUUUAGAGUACAUGUACAUCUUACACAACAUCAGAAAAUUCACAUUGAUGUGAAACCCUAUAAAUGCAAGGAAUUUGGAAAAACUAUUGGUUGUGCCUCCUACCUUGUACAACAUGGAAGAAUUCAUACUGGUGAGAAACCUUAUGAAUGUUAGGAAUGUGGAAAGGCCUUUACUGUGUAUGGACAACUUAUUGGACAUCAGAGUGUUCAUACUGGUGAGAAACCCUUUGAAUGUAAGGAAUGUGGCAAGACCUUUAGACUUAAUUCAUUCCUUAGUGAACACAGGAUACACACUGGUGAGAAACCCUUUAAAUGCAGAAAACGUGGGAAGCCCUUUAGAUAUAGUUCAGCCCUUAAAGUACAUCAGAGAAACCAUAUGCAUGUAAAACCCUAAAAAUUUAAGGAAUUUGGGAAGUCCAUUAUGUAUGGCUUAAACAUUGUUCAGCGUCAGAGAGUUUAUGCUAAUGAGAAACAUGGAUGUUAAAAAUCUUGGUAGGCCUUUAGAAAAUAUUCUCCUAUUAGAGAAUUCAUAAUGGAAUUCAGAAAACAUAAAGCCUUUGUCAUUCUUGUGUUUAUAAUAUUUGAAUCCGAAUAUUCUGGAUUGGCCAGUUCAGAAAAGGUGGGAGACAUUAAUACAGCACUGAUAGCAUGAAAGUUUAUAUGACAUAUUCUAAUAUGGUUGAAUGAACUAGUGAAUAAAAAAACCUUCCACUACUCUUAAAUCAUUGCUAAACUUCAGAUAAUCCAUCCUGAUUUUUAAAAAAACAGUUAAUAUAUGUUGGAAAGUCUGCCAUAGCACAGAUGUCAGUUCUUGUCAUUGUCAUGCCACCACCAUCAACCUAUUUGACAUUAGGCACCUUAUUUUUUAUUUCAGGGCAUUGCUUCAAAAUGGUGGUUAUAGAACCUAUGUACUUGUAAAAACCU